AAAUUUUUGUAAUAGUAUGAGAAUAUAAAGAUAAAAUAGAUGAGUGAAUUGAUAUGAAUUAGAACUUCUAGUUAAUGUAGAAGUCAUAAUUAGAAAUUUAAUAGUCAUGAAUUGAGAGGAAAAAUGAGAAACGUUUGGCAAAUGGUGAAAAAAAUUUAGCUGUUAGGAAAAAGAAUAAGGAUUAAGAUGAAAUAACUAAGGCUGGUUAUGAUAAUGUAUGAAGCAAAUUUAAUUUUAAUAGUCAAGUAGUUGAUAAUUCCUAUUUCAUGAUUAUAGAAUAAUAUAAAUACUAUGAUGAGAGAAUGAUGGAUAAAUUAAAAUAGGAUAAUGAGAGGAAUAUUUGAUUAAUAAUUUCUAAAGGUAUGGAAAUCAAUAUGUUUAGAAUUUAGAAAUCAAACAAUAAAC